AAGUGAACAAUUAUAAAAAAUAAUUUCUAAUCAAAUAAAAUGCCAAGCUUGAUCGACACGUUACGCUUUGAUGCUUUAACGGCUUUAAGCGUACAGCCUCAGUGUCAGUUGUUACGUGAGGCCGAUGCGUGCCAGACCUGCCGAAAUAUGUCAAAAUUUCGAAAAGGAAAUCCAAAUCUGUUCUUAUCCUGCCAAAUUAAUAACAAAAAAUCUGCCAAAAACAUAAAAUAUUGUGAUGUAAAUAAACAGCACAAAUCAAAAUUUGGAGUAUUCCUCAUAAUAUUUUUUGUUAUCUCCGUACAAACUACACACGGAAUACCCGUGACACCUUCCGGUCAGAGGCUCAUACGUCAUACACCGCAAUAUCGCCAUCAAUACCAUCAGAAGCUAUUGCAAGAUCAGCGAACAAGACUACAGCCGACCCCACCACACAAACAUCAUCUACAUCUACGCGCAGCGCCAAAUAUGAAUUGCAAUGAAGGAGUGGAUGCGGUUGAUAUAAGAUCAAUCUUAAAACAUCCUUACGAUCAAGCCAAUGCAUCUUUCACACAUCUGCGCCAAGUAUUAGAUGAAUAUGCCAAAAUCGUGCAAAAUGCUGAAUCGGCGCAAAAUGUCCGUGUUACUUGGAGACUGCACCAUGUAAAAUGGGAUCACCAGUUGAAAGCAGACUUGACCGAAGAUUUUGAUGUUGAUCCAAAAGUGAAUAAUGUGUACUUAAAUGCUUUGCGCGGGGACUUGAACUUAACUAGGAUCAAAAAUGAAUUAAAAAAAUACAAUGAAACAUUAACGAUGUUAAAAGCAGAGGUUAAGAAAGUUAUUUCAUAUCACAAUGCAAAUAAAGAUGAGAAAUAUGAUAAAAAUAAAUAUAUUGCCGAUUUCUUUGAGAAAUUCUCCCUGAACUUAGAACGUGACCUGGAGGAGUGCAAAUUAGCAAUGGCGACAUUGUGUGUUAAAGAGUCGACUGUCGAAGAGCCGGACACUAAAUACGAGGGUGGAGAUCUAGAUAAUUGGCUUAUCAUUCAGGAAUACCUACGUUUGACGCAUUUUAUGAGUGUUGCAUAUGAGAUCAUGAGAGAUUACAACUAGAGAACAAUUGUAAUAUAAAAAAUUUGAAUUCCCAAUUUUAAAAUGCAUAUCUACAUUUCUUAUUAAAAUCGCAAUGGGUUUAGUUUGUUCCUCUUUGUCAAAAUUUUUUUAAAAAUAUUUUGCCCAUAAAUAGGAAAUAAUUACCGAAAUACUAUAAUUCAAUAUUA